UCUGUCUGUGUUCACGGCGGUGGGGAGUCAGAGGAGGCAUUGCGUGGUUGCAGCACCUCCGUUGCGUGAUGUAUCGUUAGCUGCAGCGAUUGACUGGAACCCAUCGGUCAAAUAAGCCCCACCAUCCUCCAAAUCAAUCGCCGCAUUGCGGCAUCCCGAAUCCAGGAACCACAGCUCCAGCAAAGUCUUCCGUCGACGACUGACGCUGCUUUUGGGAAGCCACCUAGAAACGUUCGUUUUGUACCUGACUCGGAAUCAAAAAAGCACAGUUGUCCUGCACAGCUCUCGGCGCGCGCUUUCAUUUCCCGACCCUCAUCAAUCGCAAUAAUCUAGGCUGCACUCCCCUGAACAGCUCCAGUCUAGUGAAUGUUUCACUCCGCCAUCCAUCAAGAACCCUCAAGUUGCUAUCAACCCCACAGACAGCUACUACGGAAAUUCGGAUGUUGAUUGGGGAAACCGAGCAGCUAGAUCUGAGACGUGGGGUGGAGGAGUUUCGACGACUCGCUGAGCGGAGGUUGUUUAGAACGCGAAGGAGGAUGCUGUUGUUGGCGGGAAGUUAGUUGAAUUCACAGCUUGUAAGAUAUGGAAAUGGGGUAUGGGGUGUAAUGAGAAUUGGUGCAACUGUUGAAGCGAUGGGUCGGGCGUUGUGAUUUCAGUUGAAAGGGGCCGAUGAUUUGGGGGAGAAGUACUGUGUGAUGGCAAAGGCGUGUGAGUCGGCUUAUCGGGUGCGAUGUUCGUUCAAGCAGGCCACUGUGGUCAUUUGUGCGUGCAAUUUGAUGAUGGUGGUGUGUAUCUCCCAGUGUCUAAUCUUGUCCUACUAUGUGCCUGCCACGAAUUUGACUCUCUCGUACAGUCGCCAAAUUGAUGGUACUUUUCUUCCAACCAAACUGGAUGCGCAGGAGCAGCUAAAUAUAGUUCGAGAUGCAAACCAGGCACGACUUGCAGCUAAGCCUGUUAAACUUAUCGAAAGAGUGAAGGAAAUACAACAAGAGGCUUUGUUACAGGUGGUUGCUGCCAGUGACAAAGCAACACAAAAUCAACAAACGGAGAUUUCCAAACGCAUUACCGGACUUAGGUUUCAAGGAUUAGACAAAUGGAGGAGGGAAAAGCUUAAACACGCACAGAGCCGAGAAGCAGCUCUACUGAAGACUGAAAUGACCUCUCAAGAAAAAGACAAGGUACCUGUGGAGGAAGAUGUGAUGCCCGAUGAGGUGGUCAACGUUCUUGACCAAAGUGAAGGGAGUGGGAAAGUGCAGGAUGGAGCGGAGAUUGAAGAUGGAAUUAUUCCUGGGAGACCUGUACCUGAGAUAUGCCAUGCAGAGGCACAUACGGACUAUGAUGGUGUUGCAGUGCGUUGGGGUCUGACUCAUCAUGUGGAAAGUGCAGCAGAUUGCUGUGAAGCAUGCCUGAAGCAGGCUCGGACAGCCAAAAGUGGUGAAAAAAGGUGUAAUGUAUGGGUCUUCUGCCCAGCUGAAGGAGGCUGCUUCUCCCCUGAUGUUAAUGAACACAAGCACCAGGAGUGCUGGUUAAAGCAGGCAGACAAGCCGAAAUUAAACUUUAAAGGGCAUUAUGAUGAAGUAUACAGGCGAGAACAUCCCACUGCGCCUGUGAUUGUGCCCUGGGUUUCUGGAAUAAUUUAGAUGUAGUGUUUUGAUUUUAGGGUCCAACUUGAACUGUAACCAGGGAAAACGUUAUAAAAUUUUCGAGAAUAGAGAUUUUGGUCGCAUGUUUUGCACUAGGCGACCCCUGUAAUUUGAGUUGGUUUGAGUGCUUACUUGUAUUCGAGCCUUGCCAGAAAGGUUGUGAAGAACUGGGAACGUUGUAAGUCUCAUCUCCAACGGCUGGUACUACAUCCCAAUUUUGUAUUGAUAUUGGAGGUCAUGGAGGCAACCAUCUUUUCGCUUUUAGCUUGUAA